UUUCAGGACAUCUACAUAUUCAAUUCUAUUGAAAUUCGACUAAUUCAUGUCAAAAUAUUAAGGAUUGACUAGCGCAGACAGCGUUGGAUGUGCCUGCGGCUCUCUCCAGAGAGUGGCUGUGCUUUGGAGUGCCGCAGAGAUGUCACAUGCGUCACACUGGAGUGCCGCAGACUCUUUUGGAGUGCCGCAGACUUGUUUGGAGUGUCGCCAGAGGUUCCGCAGGAGUGCCGCGGUGUGCUGUGGAGUCUGCGGCACACUGUUCUGGAGUGCCGCAGGAGUGGGAUCUCUAUCGCUGCCGCCGACGACAACGGCGUCUGGAGUAGUCCCGCUGCCUGCGCGAAUCAUUCCCACGUCCAUCAACAUCUCAGCCGACGUGGACAGCAUGUUGAUCGUCGUGGUUGUCGUCGAGAUCAAUGAUGUGGAGUAUUUGGAGUACCGCAGGAGUACCGCAGGAGUGCUCCUGCGGCACUCCGCGGCACUUUCAGUGAGCCCCCGCCGUUCCCUCCCCACUCUUCCUUGGUCCCGUGGCAGUCUUGACACAGCCCACUUAUGCGUGCUGCCGCUGAAUUUUUUGUAUCAGGGGCCAGCGAUCCUGGCACCCCAUAAAGCACACAUCCUUUACAGCAUGAUUGUUCCCUGGGCUUCGCUUUCCGCAGGUCGCGCGGCAGAAUACAGCCCACUUGGGCGUCUGCCACUGACAGGAGCAGUGAGGUGUGUUGUCCGUUGCCAAUUACAGCCUGUCAUUGUAGUCUCCUUGAAGCAGACGGAACCCACAAGAUCCUUCGUGCCUCAAAUCCUUGAUCGUAGCAUGUGAGGCACGAGCGUGCUGAAUCGCAGCCGAAUGCCUUGAAGAGACUACGUCAUUGUGCCCUUUCCAUGUUCUGCUCGGACGGUCGCGCCGAACCACGUCUCCGUCUGUGGAGCUUCAAAUGUAGUCUCGCUUCGCGUCGGCAUCCUGAACGUCAAGUAAGCCCGUAUCGGCGGCGAAGACCGCAGCCUCCUUCGCGCGAACCCAUGUCUCCGUCUGGGGCGCCGCGUCCACCGCUUGGCCCUCAUUCAUCCCGCUCGGCAACGGGAGAAGCCUGAUCUGCCAGGCCCCUCAAGCUCCGCGUGCUUUCCCUGGCUCGAGCGUGGCAGGGCAGCAGGGCGGUGUAGUACAUGCGCACCGCGAGCAGACAGUACGUCCUGGCGCCCGUGAGCACGAGCAUCCCCGCGGCGACCAUGACCUUCGCCUGAUCGCAUCGGGCCUAAUCGCAUCCGGUCAACUGACCUGACCGCCCCUGUCUGCACUUGCGCAGAUGAUCCCAUCACUGACCAGAGAUGCUUGCCCGGACCGACUUCACCCCUCGCCAAUUCGUACGCUGCGCCGCUCGCGCGUCGGUGCGACGGGGAUGCCGUUGGUGGAAUACGACGCGCUCACCACAGCCAAUCUACUGUUCUUCCUGCGGCACACCGCGCGGUCGAUGCUCGGGCGCGGGAUCUUCUCCCAGGACCUCGACCCGGGCCGUUUGGAGGGUGCUUUUGACGAGUUCAGGGCGGGGAUGGACAGCGAGGUCGUUGCUAGAAGGAUUAGCUUUUCCGUGUCCCCUCGCAAUCCACGACGAUUCCAGCCUGCCCAAAAAAAUAAUCAUCUACAAACGGACUCAAUAACCUGUUCAAU